AUGGAGUCUAUAGCAAAUAAGUAUCCAUACUGGAAGCGCGUGCUACAUAAGUUCCAGGCACGGAGGGACAUUCCCUUCAGAAAGAAGUUUUUCGUGGGCUAUGAUCUUAGUGGCAACACUUAUUGGGAGUUUACCAUUGAUGGCAACAUGGGUCGCUUACGGAGAAAGCUUGAACCUUUCCAGGAGUCCAUCUUCAAAGUUGACCAUUUCGAGAGCGUUCCCCCUCAGUGGCAUCAAUGGCUACGCCGUACGAGACACGAUGCUCCAUCUCUUCAGGAGCUUAUGGAUGAUCAGAUGAGACAGCAGAAGAUGAAGAUCUUGGCACAGCACGCAGAUCAAAAGUGGCAGAACGAGAAACUCAGACUUGAAAAUGAGAGCAGAACGAAGCUCCAGGCAGAGUUGGACAAGGCUGAAGCAGAGAACAAGAAGUUCGAGGAGGAGAUCAACAGAGCCAAAGCCGCAGAAGCAGCAGCAGCAGAGAGAGCAGCAGAGAAAGGACCAGAGAGUGGAGAAAAAGCUGACCCAUGGGCUGCUGCCGAUGCACAGGCCAAGUCUAAGGAGUCUCCAAUUGGCGCUGCAUCAAUCAAGCCCAGAAAGUAA